UUCUUCUUUGUAGCGACGGUUAUCUCUGCGGCUCCGGAAGCAGGAGGUCCUUUCCAUUGCUGACGCAGCCAUGGCUCGCGGACCCAAGAAGCAUUUGAAGCGUGUUGCAGCGCCCAAACACUGGAUGCUGGAUAAGCUGACCGGUGUCUUUGCUCCACGUCCGUCCACUGGUCCCCACAAGCUUAGAGAGUGUUUGCCCCUGAUCAUCUUUCUAAGAAACAGGCUGAAGUAUGCUUUAACUGGGGAUGAGGUCAAGAAGAUUUGCAUGCAGCGCUUCAUUAAGAUCGAUGGCAAGGUCCGCACAGACAUCACAUACCCUGCUGGAUUCAUGGAUGUCAUUAGCAUUGAAAAGACUGGUGAGCACUUUCGUCUAGUGUAUGACACCAAGGGUCGUUUUGCAGUGCACAGGAUCACAGCUGAAGAGGCUAAGUAUAAGCUGUGCAAGGUCAGGAAAACCUGGGUGGGAACAAAAGGAAUCCCUCACCUGGUGACCCACGAUGCCCGCACCAUCCGCUAUCCAGACCCACUGAUCAAGGUCAAUGAUACUGUUCAGAUUGACCUUGAUACUGGCAAGAUUACAGACUUCAUCAAGUUUGAUACUGGUAACCUCUGCAUGGUGACUGGCGGUGCCAACUUGGGGCGAAUUGGUGUCAUCACCAACCGCGAGAGACACCCAGGCUCCUUUGAUGUGGUUCACGUCAAGGAUGCAAAUAGCAACACCUUUGCCACCAGACUUUCCAACAUUUUUGUCAUCGGCAAAGGUAACAAGCCCUGGAUUUCCUUGCCACGCGGAAAGGGUAUCCGUCUAACCAUCGCUGAGGAGAGAGAUAAGAGACUGGCAGCAAAGCAGACCAGUGGUUAAACUCCAACCAAACUCUACCUUUAUUAAAUAAAACCUUGUUCUGACAA